AGUUAGUAUAAUCCAGUAUAAUCGCAUGAAUAGUUUCACGUGUUCUCAGUUGUAUCUCUAUUUUUAUGUAUCUGUACAAAGAAAAAAUUAUAUGAUACUUAAAUGAUACGUCAUGCUAUUACGUAUCACAAUUUCUUAAUAGUUUCUUUCAGUAUUCGUAACGUGUUGUUCGUAAGUUGGAAGCAGAAUAGCGGAACGAAUACUCGGGUUGCUGUCUAAAUUUUAGGUUAAAUUUUGUAUCAAUUCAAAAUAAUAGAACAUGCGUGCAAUUAUUGCAAUAGUAUGUGUCUUCCUUGGUUGUUGCAGCAACGUCGUUUUUUUAGAGCUUCUUGUUAAAGAAGAUCCAGGUAGUGGAAAUCUAAUUACAUUUCUACAGUUCCUUUUUAUAUCGUUAGAAGGAUUUUUAUUUACUUCAAAAUGCGGGACUGUAAAGCCCAAUAUAGGAAUAAAGGAUUAUUUUAUACUAGUAACAAUGUUUUUUAUUGCUAACGUUUGCAAUAAUUGUGCAUUUGAUUUUAACAUACCCAUGCCGCUACAUAUGAUAUUCAGAGCUGGUUCUCUGAUAGCUAAUAUGAUUAUGGGUAUUAUUAUUUUAAAGAAAAAGUAUGCUUUUAGCAAGUAUUUAUCAGUAUUUAUGAUAACCCUUGGAAUUGCCAUCUGUACAAUUGUUAGUGGUAAAGAAAUUAAAUCGUUGCAAGCUAAAAAUGUUGAGCAAAUACCUACCACUCCAUGGGAUGAUUUCUUUUGGUGGGCAUUAGGUAUAUUAUUGUUGACUGUUGCAUUAUUUGUUUCUGCAAGGAUGGGCAUUUAUCAAGAAGUAUUACAUAAAAAAUAUGGAAAAAAUGCAAGAGAAGCGUUGUAUUAUACGCAUCUCUUACCCUUACCGUUCUUCUUAACGUUGGCUCCUAAUAUCUGGGAACAUUUUAAGUAUGCUCUUGCAUCGGAACCAAUGAAUAUAUCACUAAUUAACUUACAUGUACCAAAGUUAAUUGCAUAUCUUAUAGGAAAUAUUCUAACACAAUAUAUGUGCAUCAGUUCUGUUUUUGUAUUAACAACAGAGUGCACAUCUCUCACCGUAACUUUAGUAAUAACAUUAAGAAAGUUCUUGUCUUUAAUUUUUUCUAUAAUAUAUUUUAAGAAUCCGUUUACAAUCUAUCACUGGAUUGGUACUAUUUUAGUAUUUACAGGAACUGUGAUAUUUACAGAAUUAAUACCAAAGAUUAUAGAAAACUUGCCAUCAAGAGAGAAGACAAUAAUACAACAUAAGAAAGUGCAAUAAUAAAUAUGAUUAAAAAAUAAAAUAUUACAUGCUGUUUAAUAUAACAUAAAUAAAUUGAAAAUGUAAGUACUAUCUUCUAGUUUGAAAGAAUCGCCAAAAGUAUCCGAGGUUUUUUAUACAUCUUUUUGUAUAAUAUUUUUAUAAAAUAGAUGUUUAAUAGAUACUUUAUGUCAUAUCACAAAUAAAAUUUUCUGUAAUUUAAAAAGAA